GAGGGAGAAAAUAUCGUCUGCCACAAAGUUAUUAUUGUUUGGUCUUUUUGAACUCUGCCAUUUCCAAAGAUGGGUACCGUCCCUUACAGGUGGCUCAAAGCACUUAGAAUUAAGAACGUACUAGCAAGGGAAUUUCUAGCCGAGUUUCUUGCUACGUUCGUAUUAAUAUUAUACGGAGAUGCUGCAUUUGCAGUACAAGUGCUAGAAGGGAAAAUAACGGAUGUUUUUGCUAUAGUUUGGGCUUGGGGUGUUGCUGUCAUCUUAGGUGUAGUGACUGCAGGCGGCUUAACAGGUGGGCAUAUUAAUCCUGCUGUCACUGUGGCAUUUGCUACACUUGGCAAGUUACCUUGGAUCAAAGUUCCUGUUUUCUUAAUUGCACAGCAUCUUGGUGCUUUUGUUGCUUCAGCUGUUCUUUUUGCAACAUAUUACGAUGCUCUUAACCAUUUCGAUCACGGUGUUCGAAUGGUUGAAGAUACGAAUGGAACUGCUUCAGCUUUAAUAUGGGCAACAUACCCGAAAGAAUUUGUAUCAAUAGGAACGUGUUUCCUAGAUCAGAUCGUUGGCACAGGAUUAUUGAUGUUUACAGCAUUGGCGACAAUUGAUCCUCGAAAUAUGCAAAUGCCGAAAUGGAUGCACCCAAUUGUCUUAGGAUUUAUGAUUUCGGCUACAGCCAUGUGUUUCGGAUUGAACUGUAUGGCACCCUUGAACCCUGCACGUGAUUUUGCAACCAGAGCAUUUACUUCAUGUGCAGGAUACGGAGCAAGUCCUUUUACAUACAGAAACUAUUGGUGGGUUGGUGUGGUGGGACCACAUGUAGGAGCAAUUGUAGGAGGAUGGAUUUAUUAUCUUGGAAUAGAAUUACAUUGGCCCGAUCCUGAAGAAGAAUUUGACAAAGAGAUGGAUUAUAUAGAAGCCAAAAAUAAGAAAUAGGGAUAAAAAUUACAUAAUUUAUUAGUGAAGUGAAUGUAGAAGAUCAUAAUUUCGGUUAUUUAAAUAGCUUCAGCGUCAAAUGCCCAAAAUUCCAUGCAUGUGGAAAGAAUUAGUAGUUUUUCACUUAGUAACUGCUAUUACGAUUUGACGCAAAUGGCUUUAUACUACAAACUAGAUUGCAAUAUGUAUAUACACAGUUAGAUAUCAACUGUAUUGUUAAUUUUGUAGACACUUUUAUAAAUCGGAAGAAAAAACAAUUUAUAUAUUUUUUUGUAAAAGAAAUUUUUUUUAAAUCGGACGACAAAAAUCAUGUAUUAAGUUUGUACUAGAAUAUUAUAGUAUUUAUUAUACAGUGUACAUAAAUUGUCAACUUUAGAUGCUAAAAAUUGUUUUGAUAAGUGUUUUGUGGCACCGACUUUUUGUAGAUGAUUACAUAAUAAAGUUAUUUAAAAAAUCGAAAA